UUGAUCUGCUGAGUGGACUAAAGAUGGGGGCGCAAGGUGGUUGGCUGGAGGCUAACAGAGGAGACUGGGCGGUCAUCUUGGAUUCCCAGACUGGUGCAGCCAAGGCCCCGGGGGACGACAUGAUUGAGCAGGCCAACACCAGAGGCGACAAAGUGGAGUGUGCAGUCCAUGAGGACCUGCUGAAAUCCGGUGUUGCUGGCGGGAGAGACUGGACCUCUGAGGUGGCGGGUCACAAACCCUGCCACCAGAUCAGAACCCUGGAGCAGGAGCCGUUGCGCUUCCUUCACGAGUCAGAACCAGGACCCAACCACGAGGGACAGAGACUCCACCACCACCACCAGCACCACACAGAACACAACCAGUGGACAGGUGGACUGAACAACCUAAGUCCUGGUGGUCAUCAGAGAGACAGAGGCUCCAGUCAGGGAUCCAGUCUGCAGCCCACACUCUUCUCUUCACAGUCUCAGUGCAGGGAUGAAGCAGGACCUGGGGCUGAUAGAGAUAGACCCUCCUGUUCCUAUGAUACAAGCACCACAGUCUCCAUGAUGAACAGAGCAGGUCACCCUGCGCUUCAGCCUUCACAGAGAGUGGUGGGAGACCCCCCUGGUGGUAGUCUAUCAGGAAGUCUGCCUUCUCCUUCAGGGUCUCGUCUAAUGACUAGUGACUGGGUUCAUAGAAGGCCUGGGUCUAGCCUUCCACAGUUACCUCAUAGUUAUCCCACAAAUACAGACAGGGCCGGGAUGGGCGUUCACCACGAGAGGUACCUAGCCUAUAACACAGCACACAAUCCCAACAACACCCAAACAAUGGCUAGAGGUCAAGGAGGGAGCACAAAGACUAACCACCUGAGGGUGGUGGCUCCUGCUUCUACCUCCUCUGGUGUCAUUGGGUCACAACGUGGGAGGCCGAGCAUUAGGACGGACGCCGACAAGCCAUAUGCCUGCCCUACGUGUGGGAAGCGCUUCGCUAAGACGAAAUAUAUCAAGCAGCACCAGACCGUUCACACCAACGAGAGACCCUUCAAGUGCAAACUAUGUUACAAGAGCUUCUCCUUCCAGAGUAACCUUAUCAAACAUAGGAGUGUCCACAACGGGGAGAAAUCUUAGCAGUGUGGCUUGAGAUGUAUGGGGAUAUCUGGGAACCAUUCUUUAGUAUUGCUGACAUAUUAUACCUAUAAUGUGAAGUGUCUUAGAGAGAGUUUUAUUUAUUUAUUACAAAGUCCCUCAGUUGAGCAUCUGGGUACGCUCUAAUUUGGAGGCGAAAGAAACGCACACCUGUUUAGGCGAGGUGCUGGCUAGCGCAGUAGAACACUUGAAAAAUAAAAGGA